CAAGUAAAUAAAUAGGUAUCAACUAUUUUUUGCAUUUUCUUUAAUGAAUUGAAAUCUUGUAAGAAGGUUUUUUUGUCUUCUAUGAAAAAAAAAAUUGCGUUCGAUUCGUGUUUCCUCGCAGUGUACCAAAUUCUUAUUUUUUUCAGCCUAUUAAGAUGGUGAAUGUCAUUCUCACAAUUCUAUUCAAUGAAGUGUUGUAAAAGAAUCGCUACACUACUAUUUUGGAUAUUCAUAAAGGCUAUAGGUUCUGGAAAUGGCUUUUCUGUUGAAUUACCUAUCUGUAGUUCCAGUCGACAUUACUAGAGCGCCAAGAUGGUGUAACUUUCAUUCUAAUUCAUUUGGUUUGGUAUACAUACUCUAAAAUCUAAGAAUAUUAUUCUUUUUUAUAUUGAAAGAAGAUUUCAGCAUUCAUCUUCUAGCUGAAAAUACAUGUCUAAUUCAGUUUGCUUGUGUGUUGAAUAUAUUUGUCACUGCUUCAGGAAUAUUCAAUACUCCAUUUUUCAAGAUUUGUAUUUUAUAUCUUAGUAUAUCCUAAAGGUUAAGGUUUUCUAUUUUCAGAUAUUGACAGCAUUGCAGUGUUCUCAAAAAAAUUAACAGAGAGAGGCCUUCACAUAAUAAUAUCGAUUCAUACAGACUUGGCCUGCUGCUUUAAAAAGUUUCAGAAGGAUUUAAUCGUUAUUUAACAGCAGAUCCUCUGCUCAUUCAGCGUAAAAAAAGCCCCAGAAAAAUGCGCAUGGAUGAGUUUUAUACUCGUGUGUAUGAUACAGUGAGUGAAAUACCUUACGGACGAGUUUCUACAUAUAGCCAAAUUGCCAAGUUUAUUGAGGCUCCAACGUAUUCUCGACAUGUAGGACAAGCUCUCAAGUUCUUGCAUCCUGAAUCCCACGUCCCGUGGCACCGUGUUAUCAACAGCCGUGGAUGUAUUUCCAGACGCGAUCUACCAAGCGGUGAACAACGACAGAAAGAUCGUCUUGAAGAAGAAGGUGUUGAAGUCUGGCAAACAAGUAUCGGUGAAUACAAGGUCAGCUUGAAAGACUAUCUUUGGCAACCCGUCGCACCUUUCCCAGCUUCUCAUGCCACAUCGUCUUCUCCUCCAGAAAGUAAUGGAGGAUAAAUUUCGUAUCCUUCUUUUAGUUUCUCAUAUGAUCCCAAUUACAAUAACUCCUUUUGUUAAUCUACUCGCUAGAGUUACAUGUUCUACAGUCGCAAUUUUCAGAACUAUAGAUUUUUUUCUUCCUUUCUUAUUUAAACAAAACAUUUAAAAAAAUUUUUAGUCAUAACAGUACUUUACAGUACCUGGUUUAGUUGUCACGUACAGCAUCACCAUUUCUCAUUUCUUCGACAUGCUCCCCAUUUUUACCACUGCUGCUUUCGGGUUGUACAUUGUCAUCUAUAGCGCCAUUCGGUUGAAUCGGUUGUUUUACACUUUCGAUCUCCAUAUCGGUUUCCACGUCCAUAGUUUGUGUUGUGCUUUCUGAUUGGUUUUUUGGGAUGAGGCGAAUUUGUUCCAAAACAAGCCUUCUUUGACAAAGGAGCAUAUCCUUAUUUGAUAACUCAACAUCAUUCCUUACAGGAACGACAAUGUCCGUACCAAUGCAAUGGAACCAUGUUCCUCGAAAAAACAUGCCCCCAAUUCGGACAAUGGGAUGAAGCGUAUCAAGACCCAUGAUAACAAGGUCGUCCAUUGGCUGAAAAUCUACUGAAGAAUUUUUGAAUUGAAAAAUAAUGUUUUCCAAACCCUCUUCUUCAUUUUCUCUCCCAUCUUCCAUUUCAUGAUUUGGCGAACUGCUGUACAUAGUCUCGAGCAAUCUUUUCAAAUGCAGGACGAUCGUUAUUAUAUUGCUCAGCAAUAGAAGGGCUUAAUGGGUCGUCUGGGUUGGGCUCAACUAAAAGAUGAAUGACUUGUUCGAGAAUACUCCUUAGCUUCACACUAGGUUUGAAUGCUUGAGGUCUUAGAAUAGGCAAACAGAUGUUUCCUUCUAAGUCAAACUAAAUACUUUGUUAGCGUUUGUAUAAUUAAUAAAUAGAAAAUGUGUCUAUCGAUUGACACUGAAACUCCUCCUUGAAUGAGACCCCAUCAACAAGUGCGGUUGUGAAGUUAAACUGAAGCCUACUUCAAAGACAUAUAAGGAAAAUUAGCUAGAUGAAAAGUACUUACAUUAGGAUGAUAUAUUCUGGUGGUAAACUGAGCAGUUGGAGGUUGAAAUGGGUAAUCAGGACGAAAUGCUAGAGUAAAAUGGAAUGUACCUCCGGCGUACACAGAAUCACGAGGUCCUGCGACAGUACAGUUCCACUGGUAAAGAUUAUCGUUUGCCAAAGAACAGCGCAAAUUGGGAAUGGGGUUUUCCUGUAAAUCUGCAAAUUCCUAAAUCACAAUGUGUCAAUUUUAAAAAAAUUUCAAAACUAAAUAUAUUCAAAAGUUCUCAUUAACUUUACACAUACUUUGUUGAUUCUUCGUACGCUUGCUGAUGAAGGAGAUGUCAUUUGUUAAAGGCAAAGUUCGUUUGAAUACCAAAGAAAAUAAAAAAUCAUCCUUUCAGG